AUGUUCAUCAUGCCUCUCCUCCUCAUAGCUUUCACCUCACUCUUCUUCUACCUGAGCGCCCCUCCAAGUUUCGCCGCCGCGACGGCCACCAUCUUACCCGGCCAAGCACUUGCCGUCGGCGACAAGCUCGUCUCCGAAAACGGCAGGUACGCGCUCGGCUUCUUUGACACAAGCAGCACCAAAUCCCCCCAGAGCACCAGUAGCUGGCACCUAGGCAUAUGGUUCAACACAGUCCCCAAAUUUGCUUCCGCUUGGGUUGCGAACAGAGAGAAGCCAAUCAAAAACACCACCUCGCUGCAACUCACAAUCUCCACCGAUGGCAACCUCGUCAUCCAAAACCGCUCCACCAAGUCCAUAUUCUGGUCCACCCAAGCAAACGUGAAAAGAAACGGCACCAUUGCCAUGCUCUUGAGCAAUGGAAACCUCAUCCUAAGGAACUCCUCAAACUCGUCGCACAUCUUGUGGCAAAGCUUUGACGACCCCAUGGAUACACUUUUACCCGGGGCGAAGCUUGGAUUCGACAGGCUAACCGGCCUGGAUCGUCGUCUGGUUUCAUGGAAAAACAGGGUCAGCCCGGCUAGUGGUGCGUACUGCAACGGGUUAGACCCCAGCGGUGCAGACCAGUUCUUGCUUACACGGCUCGACUCCUCCAUGUCAUAUUGGUCAAGCGGUGUGUGGAACGGGAACUCCUUUGUGUCGUAUCCUGGGAAUAAUACCCCAAACCAGGCUUCUUACAAUUUGACUUUUGUUGACAAUGAACGAGAGAAGUAUGUCGUUGAGAGCUUAGCCGACGAGAAUGCGGUUUUUCGGCAUGUAAUUGAUGCCUCUGGUCAGGCCAAGGGGUACGUUUGGUAUGAGGGCUUGCAAGAUUGGAUACUGGCCUACAACCAACCAAAAGCUCAGUGUGAUGUCUACGCGGUUUGUGGACCUUUCACAAUCUGCAACGAUGACGACCUUCCAAACUGCAUCUGCAUGGAUGGCUUCACCAUAACAUCUCCUCUGGAUUGGGAGCUAGAAGAUCGAACCGCUGGGUGCUUGAGAAAAACUCCAUUGCACUGUAUUACUAACAAGAACACAACCUACUCGACAGAUCAGUUCGCCUCUUUGCCAUGUGUUAGGUUGCCCAAAAAUGCCAGCAAAGUAGAGAUUGCCAGAAGCGCCGAAGAGUGUGCACAAAUUUGCCUGAAUAAUUGCUCUUGCACUGCUUAUUCCUUCGGGGAUGAAGGAUGCUAUAUCUUGCAUCACGAAUUGAUCAACAUAGCACAAUUACAAUGUGGUGGCACAACGAAGAAUUCAGAUGGAGAAACACUUUACUUUCGCCUUUCUGCUCAAGAUGUUCAAAGUUCGAAAAAUAACAGAAGGCAGACUGUUGGAGUUGUGGUUGGCACAGGCCUUUCCGCUCUAGGCUUAUUUGGACUCGGUCUCCUCCUAAUGAUUUGGAGAAACAAAAGGAAGAGAUCUCCUCGCAAAACUUACGGUAGUGAUGGGGGGAGAAUCAUUGCAUUUGAAUACACUGACUUGCAACGAGCAACAAAAUAUUUCACUGAUAAAUUGGGGGGAGGUAGUUUUGGUUCUGUGUUCAAGGGGUUUCUAAGUGAUUCUCAUGCCAUAGCAGUGAAGAUGCUUGAAGGUGCAUAUCAAGGAGAGAAGCAAUUCCGAGCCGAAGUGAGCUCAGUUGGAGCUAUCCAACACAUCAAUUUGGUCAAGCUAGUCGGGUUUUGCUGCCAUGGUCCGAAAAGACUGCUGGUUUAUGAACACAUGCCAAAUCGGUCGCUUGACAUCCAUCUUUUUAAAGACGAUUCCACGAUAUUGAAUUGGACUACCAGGUAUCAGAUAGCCCUUGGAGUUGCUAGAGGGUUAGCAUACAUGCAUGAGAGCUGUCGAGACUACAUCAUACAUUGUGAUGUCAAGCCAGAAAACAUACUUCUCGAUGCUUUAUUUGUUCCUAAAAUUGCAGAUUUUGGGAUGGCAAAGAUUUUGGGAAGGGAUUUCAGUCGAGCACUGACCACAGCCAGAGGCACGAUAGGGUACCUUGCCCCUGAAUGGAUUUAUGGUGUUGCUAUCACGGCAAAAGUUGAUGUUUAUAGCUAUGGGAUGGUGUUGCCGGAAAUAAUAUCCGGAAGGAGAAACUCGGAUGCAUCAUGUUCCAGCGGUGGGGACCUUGGUGUUUUUUUUCCCGUGCACGCCGCGCGUAAGCUUCUUGAAGGAGACAUCAAGAGUUUAGUAGAUCACAAAUUGCAAGGUGAUGUCAAUCUUGCUGAGGUUGAACUAGCUUGCAAGGUUGCGUGUUGGUGCAUACAAGAUGAAGAAUUCGACCAGCCAACAAUGGGAGAGGUGGUUCAGAUUCUUGAGGGACAGGUUGAAACCAGGAUGCCACCGAUGCCAAGAUUACUUCAAGCUGUGGCUGGAAGCUCCUGUUCAACGUGUUCGUAA